UUUUUGAAAUUGGAGUAGCGCUGCACACUUGGGCAGAGAGAAGGUUGGCGGCCGGAUUCGAUUGGGUUGUUGUUACGUUUUAUUCGCCAGUUUGUGUUCACCUCACGCACGGUGACAUGCUGCAUUCGCGUUGUCACCGACCAAGUGCUGUCAUGCUGCGAGAACUGAGGGGUCCCCUUAAGUGCCUCAUUUAAAGGCUGCUCCAGUACGGUUUGUUUGGUCGCAUCUACAGAAGGUUAGCUAGCGUGAAGCCUUGUUGAAAGGACGGCAGCCCCUGUUAUGUGAGCCGCAGAGGUCGUGUCUACAAAGAGUCUGAGGACAGCGUGUACUGCAGUUGGGACGAGAGUGGCGGAGCUCGUGCGAGUGGAGCCGAUCGCAGAGGAGCAGAACGAUGAGCGGCCGCCGCAGCAGCAGCAGCUCCGCCCUCACAGGUGUCAUUGCGUUUGUGGAUGUCUGGUCCAGCAAGAAGAAUGAGAACUACUCCAAGGUGUUUGCCGAGCAGCUCGCCAGUCUGGGUGCCACGGUGUCCAAGACUUUCAACAAGCAAGUGACCCACGUGGUGUUCAAAGACGGCCAUGACAGCACAUGGAGGAAAGCCCAAAAGAGUGGUGUGAAGCUCGUCUCAGUCCUCUGGGUGGAAAGUUGUCAAGAAAGCGGACGGCAUGUUGACGAGGCCUUGUACCCUGCUGUGAAUGAAAACGAGCGACUGGUCACCGCGCCAAAGAAGAGAACACAUCGCUGCAUGCAGCCGAAGACUCUGGAAGAAAGAACGCCAGAAAAUGACUGGCGGCUCAAGAGGAAGCUGGAGCAGAUGAUGAAGAAGCUGGUGAGCGAGAAGGCGUCCACAGUCGACUCCAUCCUCUGCUUUGAUGCGGACGGCUCAGUCGCCUACAGCCCGAGACCCCAAGUCCUCCAGAUGGGCGACUACAUGGAGCAGCGGCUCAGGGAGAUGAAGGAGAAAAGGGAGAACCUCUCGCCAACAGCAUCUCAGAUGGUCGACACCCCCUGGUCGUCUUUGUCUCCUAAGCAGCUGCCUGGACAUCCCAAGGUCCUGUCGGACGAUGAACCUUCACUGGCAUUAGGUGACCUGGACUCGUCCUUCCAUGAACUUUUCUCCUUUUCAAAGAAAUCCAUCAAGCAGCUGACCUCGAAUGCCAGGAGUGGUGCCAUUGACCCCUCGUCUCCACAGCUGAUCACCCCACCCUCCACUUCCUCGAGUCACGCUGAGGCCUCCAGAACUUCACCCCUGGCCAGUGGGAGGAAGGCUGGCAAGCAAAAGAGGCCAGCGAGAAGGCGGCAGAGGGAAGUGGGCACUGCCAGUAGUCCACCCCUUCCAGGUGUGGGAGUGACACAAAAUGGUGGCCUUCAGGGACUCGAUGAGCAGCCAGUCAAGGACCGUGUGAGGCCCCCUUCUCUGCACACCUUGGAUGAAGGUGGCAUCAAUGCUGAGAAGCCCACUUUGGUGCCCAAGCAGCGGGCAAAUGGGGGGCGAAAGUUGUUUUCGCCAGAGCUCGAGUUGGACAUCUGUGUGCCCAGGGGGGCACUGCCUCUGCUGAUGGAGACGCCUACAAAGCCGGUGAGCGCCUUGCCCACCAAGGAGGACAAGCCCUUUGAAGAUUACUUUUCUCCUCUGAACGCGAAGGUCAAAGGCUGCCAAGUCAAGCGGAUUUCGCUCGCGGGCAUGGACCCCGAAUGUUUUGCCUUUCCUCCUUUGGAGAGGCUGCCCUUACGAGAGAAGCGGAAAAGAUCGACGAGGAAUUCCGGGGAGACGACUGUGGCCCCUAAACGAAAGAGGAGUCAUGUGAUUGGGGCGGGCGACCAGACCGCUCCUGGAGACCUUGGACAGAAAGGUGCCCCACAAAGGAAAGCAGACACUGCGUCCAUGGUAGCCCCCGGCGGUCCGAGCCUCCCAGUGUGUGAGGAGCCAGAGAAGCCAGCUAGUGUAGGGUGCCACAUGUCUGACACAGACACCUUCUCUGAUGUAUUGGAGGGGACAACGAGCACCACAAGUGGCACUAGUGCUGAAAGACCACCGCCCGACGUGCUGUGCCCAAGUGGCAGGUUACACCGUGAUGCAGCGCCCUCUGAUGUCAAAGGUGUUGACGACGACAGCGAGCACUGCGGAGGUGACAGCGAGAAGACCAUGAAGACGGACCGAGCGAGGAAGCCCAAGAGGACGCUGGUGAUGACGAGCAUGCCCUCUGAGAAGCAGAGUCUGGUCAUCCAGCUGGUCCAGUCCCUCGGCGGCUUCUCCAUCGUGGACCAAGUCUGUGAGAGCACGACGCAUGUGGUGGCCGGCUGCCCUCGACGCACGCUCAACAUCCUGCUGGGCAUGGCCCGCGGCUGCUGGAUCCUCUCCUUUGAGUGGGUCAUGUGGUGUCUGGAACGCGGCCAGUGGAUCCCCGAGGAGCCGUACGAGCUGGCGGACCACUUCCCUGCUGCUCCCAUAUGCCGACUGCAGCGCCACCUCUCAGCAGGAGAAUACCAACAGAAUUUGUUUGCAGAUUUUCCUGCGAUCUUCAUUUCUGCGUCCAGCCAGCCGCCCUCAGAGCAGAUGGCACAACUGAUUCUGCUUUACGGGGGUAAAGUGUGCAAAACCAUCAGGCAAGCGGGGCUGUGCAUCGGGGGCUACAAGGGGAAGACGCCGCUGGGCACAAGGGUUCUGUCAGAGCAGUGGAUCCUGGACUGCAUCACCCAGCACAAGAAGCUUCCGUGGGACGAGUAUGUGCUGCCCUAGGAGGUCCACAGUGUGCCCGUCGGGAGGGUCCCUCACCAUCCCCUGUGCCCGUCUCUCACCUGCACGCCAGCACAAACGCUCUUUGCUGUUCUCACGUUUUGAAUCUUUAAACUCACGUGGGCGUUGGUUUGGUUGGUAUUUAACUUUUGUAAUGAGUUGUGUGAUUUUAUUAAACUGCUCUGUAAAUCGGGAGAGGUGGGCAUGAAGGUGGGCAUUGCAGCUCAAAUGACAGACACAUUGAGACUUGGUGACAUUUUAAGUGGCUGCUGUCUGAAACACGUCGUGGUGUGUAGGAGGGGACGCCACGGAGCAGUAGUGGUGCCAGGGCUGGCCGAUGCCACCCACAGUGUCCUUUUCAUGUCCUGUGCUUUUAGUUUAGCGCCUCCUGUCUCAAUGGGGUGGCAUGAAGACGCAGCAGCAAACUCAACGUCACAACUUUGUCGUAUUUUCUCAAUUAUAUUAAAAG